GUAUACCCUGUGAAUUCCAUAUAUAAACAGUGAAUUCAUUCCAUCUACACUCAUUACCAAAAUAAAAUUCUGAAUCAUUCAGUCAUGUUUAACAACUCACACAACGGGGAGAAUAAUUACAAUUACUCGGGUAACAAUCUACUUAAUACAUAUUUUCACAACACACAACACUCAACUGACGAUGAUUAUUAUGACAAUCAUAGAAAUAUAUUCAAGUAUUCAUAUCAGAAUGCAAGACACCAACUACCAACCACUUCAACUGAAUUGUCAUCAUCAGCAUCCCUAUCGUCAUCACCAUCGCUAUCACCACCAACAGCAGUAUUGUCAUUACAUCCUGUAAAUUUACCUCAAAAACGUGUGGUUGCCAAUCUGAGGGAACGCAAACGAAUGCGCUUAAUCAAUCGGGCUUUCAAUGGGCUACGUUCUCGCUUACCUGAGGAGUUAUUCUACUCAACUGCCUUAUCCAACCCUACAUGGGAUUCUGUCGUAUACAACAACCAGAAUCCUAUAGUCAUACGGAACGAGAACGAAGUGACUAAUGCAUGGUCACAGAGAAAUAAUAACCCAG